GGAAGGGAGGCGCCCCGCUCCGCCGAUCGCACGGUCCUGCAAACGCGCGCCCGGCGCUUUCCCCGGAGCUCGGUGGUGCGUGCGAGCGCCCUUUUGCAGCAGCCGCGGCGGCGGCGGCGACCCGAGGGGGCGGAGAGCAGGGGGCCGCGGCCAGGGGACCAGGGGGCGGCGUCCCCUCUCAAAACCGCCUGCAAAGUGCUCGAGAUUGCAGAAGCAGGCCGCCGGCUCCGCGGAGAAAGCAGCUCGCCCCGGGGGCUGCCGGGCAGAGCCGCGGUUGCCGGUGGGCGCCGGUGCCCUCGGCGCGGGGCUCGGGCUCACCAUGCCCCUGCGGGGCCGGGCCGCCGGGCACCAGUGGAUCCCCGGCUUGCCCCCGCCUCGACGCGCACGGAUUAGCUGCAGCCGGCGCCCGACGAUUUGAAUCCAGACCCCGGGAGGGAGCGCUCUUAGGCCGACCUCAGAGUGGCGGCCCCUCGGCCAACAUGCUUCGCAAAGGGUGCUGUGUGGAACUGCUGCUGCUGCUGCUGGCCGGGGAGCUGCCCCUGGGCGGCGGCUGCCCGCGGGACUGCGUGUGCUACCCCGCGCCCAUGACAGUCAGCUGCCAGGCGCACAACUUCGCCGCCAUCCCCGAGGGCAUCCCGGAGGACAGUGAGCGCAUCUUCCUGCAGAACAACCACAUCACCCUCCUGCGGCAGGGCCACUUCAGCCCCGCCAUGGUCACCCUGUGGAUCUACUCCAACAACAUCACCUUCAUCGACCCCAACACCUUCCAGGGCUUCGUGCACCUGGAGGAGCUAGACCUCGGCGACAACCGGCAGCUGCGGACGCUGGCCCCCGAGACCUUCCAGGGCCUAGUGAAGCUCCACGCCCUCUACCUCUACAAGUGUGGGCUCAGCGCCCUGCCGGCCGGCAUCUUUGGCGGCCUGCACAGCCUGCAGUACCUCUACCUGCAGGACAACCACAUCGAGUACCUCCAGGAUGACAUCUUUGUGGACCUGGUCAACCUCAGCCACCUGUUUCUCCACGGCAACAAGCUGUGGAGCCUGGGCCAGGACACCUUCCGGGGCCUGGUGAAUCUGGACCGGCUGCUGCUGCAUGAGAACCAGCUGCAGUGGGUCCAUCACAAGGCUUUCCACGACCUCCGCAGGCUGACCACCCUUUUCCUCUUCAACAACAGUCUCUCUGAGUUGCCAGGUGACUGCCUGGCACCCCUGGGGGCCCUGGAGUUCCUCCGCCUCAAUGGGAACGCCUGGGACUGUGGCUGCCGGGCGCGCUCCCUGUGGGAAUGGCUGCAGAGGUUCCGGGGCUCCAGCUCGGCCGUCCCCUGCGUGUCCCCCGAGCGUCUGCACGGCCAAGACCUGAAGCUGCUGAGGGCCGAGGACUUCCGGAACUGCACGGGGCCCGUGUCCCCGCACCAGAUCAAGUCACACACGCUCACUACCACCGACAGGGCCGCCCGCAAAGAGCACCACCCGCCCCCCCACGGCCCUGCCAGGGACAAGGGCCACCCACACGGCCAUCUGCCCGGCUCUCGGUCAGGCUCCAAGAAGCCGGGCAAGAACUGCACCAGCCAUAGGAAUCGCAACCAGGUCUCGAAGGCAGGCUCUGGGAAGCAGGCCCCCGAGCUGCAGGACUACGCCCCCGACUACCAGCACAAGUUCAGCUUUGACUUCAUGCCCACAUCACGGCCCAAGAGGAAGGGCAAGUGUGCCCGAAGGACCCCCAUCCGUGCCCCCAGCGGGGUGCAGCAGGCCUCCUUGGGCACCUCCCUGAGGGCCUCGCUCCUGGCCUGGAUACUGGGGCUGGUGGUCACUCUCCGCUGAGGACGCAGGGUGCCAGCACCCAGCACUGCUACAUGUCCACCAAGGAACAGGAUUUCUUUUCUAUUUUCACAAGUGGAGGAUCUGCUGGGUUUCAGGCAAAGGCUGGUAGAGGCUUCGGCUGCUGUCUGGGCCCUGGCCAGUGGAUUAUAAACCCAAAGUGUACAGCCCCAAGCAGAGGGAGGUUUAGUGCAUCCCACCCAGCUGUUCCCAGCCAGCCCCCUCGCCGAGCAACCACGGACAGCAUCCACCCAGCAAGGCAGUUAAAGCCGCAAGGUGAAUCCUUCAUUAACAACAAUGGGACAGUGCACCACAGGAGCUGAGCUCUGUGGAAUCCUGGUCAUUUGGAGAUGUCUGAAGGGGCCCCGCCACCCCUGGAGGAAGCAGGACUCAGCGAACAGACGAGAGGCUGGGUCCACCAGCUAUGUGGGGGCACGUGAGCAGGUGGCAUUUUGGCUCUUGCCUGAGGCCACUUAGUCACCCUGCCCUGAAUCCAACCGUGUGCCACCUUCAGUCCCUCCUUUGGGGGUAACGCCUCUCAUUCCUGGUGUCUCAGGCAACCCUGGCAGACCAGGCCCAGCUGCUGGGCUCCAAGAACCAAUUACCAAAGGCAAGAUCAUCAGAGGCUGAAAUUUAGAACUUCAUCAUGUGCAAUGGGGUUCUCACAGGAGGUGCAGUUUUAUAACUAUGUCCACUUAUAUAUAUAUAUAUACACACUCUCUACAUAUAUAUACACAAAUGCACAGGUCCUUUCCCUACCCCCUUACCUAACUGUAUGUCUUAUCAUGUUUAUAAACUAUACGGAAAACUAUAUCUGCGGAACUAAGGGUUGUAUUGGUGAUUUCUAGCAAGAAAGGAGUUCUAGGAUUUUUGUCUAGAAUCCCAACCUGGCAACGGUAUUCCCCGUGUAACCUGGGCUUUCCCGGGCCUGGGGCCAAGGGGCAAUGGGGAGGGUCAGGGAGAAGGGGAUGCCACAAGAAUCACUUCAGGGGACCAAUAUUCUUAGCUAUUUAGAGCAUCACCAUGUUUUUAUAUGCAACACAAGACCGUCUGCUACCCCAGAGCACCCGAUCACUCCCAGUACAGCAGCUGUUGGCAUCAGGGUGAGAAGCUAGAAGCAGCUUGUUGAACAUCAGGGAGCCAGGCUCUGGGAAGGGGCUGGAAGGAGAAGGAGCAGGAAGGCGAUUUGGAUUUCUUAGGCAGGCAGGCGAGGCAGCAUCCACAGUGUUAGUCCAACAGGCUGGGCAGUGUUGUCAGCCUAGGACUUUGCCAGCAACAGUCUGGACCGGCCAGGGAGACUCUGGGCAUGAGCCCAGGCCUCCAGUGUGGCUCAGCUGCUGAAUUUUUCCUUGAGGCUCUUUGGUGGGUGUCCCAGCAAGGGUCCUGGGUAGGGUGGAAGGAGGGUGGCAUCAGGCGGCCUUAGCAGAAGGAGAACAAAGAGGGCAUUUCAAGAACCAUCUCAGGCACUUUUGCAUUAAGGAGGCCCCAUCCCUCCUGGACCCUUUGAAGAUGCCCUGGGGACAGGGAGAGUUCAGGGGGGUGGCCAGACUCAGGGGUCAGAAGAUGGGGACAUGCAGGGAAGGGAGCAGGAAAGCCCAGAGACAGGGGAGAGGGGCUCAAGUCAAGGUCAGCCAUGCUGCUGGCUGGGGUCCGAGCGGGCACAAUUGUUUUUGGCUUUGCACAAACCCGAAUUCCCCACCAGAGAGGCUGUGUGUCAGGUGCAAGAAACAUUGAAUCCAAUUAAGAGAGAAAAAUAAUAAUAAUAAAAAAAUUCUCUUGGAAAGAACAUUGUUUCUCAAUUCCUAACCCCGCAUUCCUAAAGGAGUGGCAGAUCCCAGGCUUUUGUGGGGGUGGGCGAGCCUGGCUAGGCUCAGCUCUGAAAACACAAGCACGUUUGUCGGUGGGAGGAGCUGUUUGAAGCAAGGGCACACUGACUCACUGGGACACGUGUGCCUGCACGCGCACACACACACACACGCACACACACAUGCGUGCACACGUUCUCGGUUCUUUGCUCACUGACACAGGACGUGACUUACCUCCCAUGCUCUGGCUGCACUGGCUGUCCCCAGAGCAGGCUGGCCCUGGAUCACUCCUGGCCUGUUCCUAAGAGCUUCACCCACAGCAGCUGAGCUGUCGACUCUUAAGUGGGCUCCAGGGGCUAGUUGGAAGGGAACUGCCAGUUCCCAGGACCCAGAGGGUGUUCCAGGAAGCCAGAGACUGCCCUAUAGAGAGGGGGAUGUAUGUGGGGUCUGGAGGCUGCACCCACCUCCCUGGCUUUGAAGGAAGGAGCGAGUUCCCGCAAAUAGAAGAAAGAGGCUGUGUUUCCAGCCUGGACAAAUCCUCCUAAUUACAGGGCUGGAAAUGUGCCCUAAAGGGAGUCUGGUGGCGGCAGAACAAAUUAUCUGCGUUUGCUCCCAGUGGUCUGCCUGCUCUUACCCAGGCCGGUGCCAGGGCCUAGCUGUCCCCUUUAGAACCUAAGGAUGCUGUUAUGUUGUUGAUUUCAUUUCCAACUUUAGACAGCACAGCCCUCGGCGGGAAAAUCAAGGGUCCAAGCACUUUAUUAAAUUUUUUUUUGUAAAGACUUUGUAAGUCCUGUAAUAUGGGAGUGAAAUGUCAGGACAAGAAAUGCUAAUGUUUUAUAAAUGAUCCUCUUCUGUCAAGCAGAGCGCAGUCUCUGGCUGCCGACUGUUAUUAGAGCCGAGGCAGAGGGGCCCAGGAUGCCAGGUGUGUUUCAGCAGCUUGCUCCUCGAAGAGGAGAGGAAAUAAAAGCAGCUCUGUGGUGGAUGACAUCACUUGUCAUUCAGUGGCUCAUACGCUACGCAGGCACAGUGACACCAUUGUGCAGAGCAUUGGAGCAAGCUGACAAGUUGGGAGCUAAGCCAAGGCCCCUCAAUUCACCAGACCCGGCAUCUCUUCUGGGUGGUUCAGGGCAGGGAGGGGUGGGUUCCUGCCUGGAAAGCUCCAUCCUCCUCCCAGAGGCUAGGGCCAUCCCCCACCCCUUUGUUCCUGGCAGGGCCAGCCCCUCUGCCAUCUUCACUCAUUGCUGUCCCCAGGCCCCAGGAGGGAGCCAUCUGCUCACUUGCCACCAGUGGUCUCAGCGUUUCUCUUCACAAGUUCCUCCCCAGACCGCAGAGCUUGGCCAGCUCCCUACCCUUCAUUCAGCAAGCUUUAAACAAGGAUCUACUUAUGCCAACUAUUGGCCCAGGCUCUGGGGACCUAAAAGUGUGAAGACGUGGCUCUGCCAAAAGGACCUCAGAGCCUAGAUGUGGAAAGAAGUAUGGGAUGGGUGAAACCAGAGUGGGACUGUUGUCUCUGUAAGUGCACCCCAUUACCACCAUGAGAAACUCAGGCAGGGUGGGGGCUGUCAGGGAGGGCUUCCAGGAGGAGGUGACACUCAGAUGGCUCUCAGAGGAUGAGGAGGCAGCCAGAGGAGUGUGGGGAGUACUCCAGGCAGAGGGCUUGAGGCAUGCAAUAGCACCACGUUUGGGCUAUCUGCAACCAACUGUGAGUUGAAGACUGGGAAUGCUGUUUGGGGAGGUGUGGGAGGUGAGCCUGGCAAGGGAAAGGCUACUUGGGGAACUUGGAUUCUACUCCAAAAGUGGAGGUGUGAGCCCCCUACCUUGGGGUUCUCGUCCCUGCUCCAGACCCCCAGCACCUUUGCAAGCACGUGGCCCGCACCCGUGGCACACUUGCCAAUGUUCCUCAACAGUGGAUUUCAUCAUCGAAACCUUGCCUCUUCUGCUCAGCCAGAUCCUCCCCUCGUGCCAGCAGGCUGGAGCGCUCCCUGGAAGUGUGCCUGGGCCAGAGUCCCAUUCCCAGACACCUGCUGCUUCCAAGCUCGGAAAUACCCCAGAGCUGUUUUAUCUUCCAGACUCCCUCCUUCCCCAUCCACAAAGGGCUCACCCCUCAGCCCCUCUCCGCACUUCCACAGGGCUGCCCAGACACCUCCGCAUGCGCUGGCUCCAGCAGACCAUCAGUGAUCCCCAGAACUCCCCCCAGACUGCACCUCCCUUUUUGCCUCUCCUGCUGGGGCUGUUCAUUACCAGGGAGCCAAGAAUCCCCAUUUAGCAAAUGUUUACUUGUCACCUAACUAAUCACUCAGCACUCUGCCACUAUGGCAAAUGGGGGGUUCCAGAAGGCCUGUUGGCAGGUUUGAGGGGGCUAGGAGGAGCCAGGAAGGCUUCUUGGAGGACAAGCUGCAGCAUCUGGGUUCAGAGAGAACAGGUUUGCUCUGGGAGUGGGGCUCCCUGAAGUUGGCUAGGAGCCUCAGGGAUUUGGUGGCUCCCAGCAAACCUGCCCUUGAGUUUCCACCACUCAGACUGUCCCCCACCAGCCCCUGGGUGGACCCAACUCUGGGACCCAGCUCCUCAGGGGCCUUUUCCACCCUGACCUGGAAGAUGUCAGCCUUGAUUUGUGUAUCUUCUUUGCUGGAUCCGCAGCGAGUAUACCUUUUGAUGGGGUCCCUCUCAAUAUCUAAUGUUCAGCCUCUUGAAGCAACUGUGGUCGCAUUACAGCUCACCUCCUCCCAGCCUGGCUUUCUAGUCUAAGUAGGAGUUUAGCCCAUCAGCUAUUACUCCCAUCCCAUGUUACCAAUUCCCCACCAUCAGCUUGUAAUGGGCCAAUUUUCUUUUACCUUCUGUCUACUUGGGAAAUAUCUCAAGAACCUUUGUGCAUUAAAAUAUCCUUUUCAACUCUCUACUCGAUAUCUCUUUCUGCUCCUCUAAUUGUCCCUUUUAACUCACUGUGCUUUCAGUAUAAAUCUCCCCGUCUCCCCUCUUUGCAGGCUGU